UUUUUUUUUUCCUAGUUUAUAAAUAUCAAUGGAUUUUUUAACUAGAGGCUAUACCGCCUUAAGAGGUGAUCGGGGGCAGCCUCAAUCUGCAGAUGAAACAAUUGAGAAGCUUGCAGAUUGUCUAGAGACCGCGACUUUAUUAGAAGAUAGACGUGCUGGUGUAUUAAGCUUAAAAGGCUUAGUCAGAGAUUGGCCUGAGGAAGUAGGAAAUAAGAGUUUCCCAGGCCUAAUCAAAGUUUUACAUACAGAUUAUAAAGAUGUCGACAUUACGAAGUCUCUGCUUGAAACAAUCAUAAUAUUAUGUACUGUCCAACAUCAGCAUGACAAGGAUGAUCGAGGAUUUAAGUUUACGGAUUACUUCAUAGAGGAUUCUCGUAAUGUUACUAUCCUGUUAGACAUUCUUGAGGAAUUUGAUUUUUAUGUUCGUUACAAUACUAUAAAGCUACUAUCAACGUUAUUAUCUAAUAGAAGUAAGCGUAUCCAAGAGUGCAUCUUAACUAAUCCAAUGGGAAUUUCACUUCUAGUCGACAUGUUAGACGAUAAAAGAGACAUUAUUAGAAACGAGGGCUUAUUAUUAUUGAUUGAUUUGACUCGAAACAACACUGAAAUUCAAAAGAUUGUUACAUUCCAGGCAACUUUUGAAAAAUUAUUAUCUAUUAUUGAAGAGCAAGAAGGAAUUUCGGGAGAUAUUGUAGUUCAAGAUAGCUUAACUUUAAUGCAUAAUCUAUUAAGAUAUAACGUUUCUGAUCAGGUAUAUUUUCGUGAAACAAGUUGUAUACAGCAAAUACCUGGUCUUUUAGGUUAUGUUGGAGACACUGAUGCAGAUCAUGUGCCAUAUUCAUUUGAAGACUGGCCACCUCAAAAGAUUGCCAAUACAGUUCUUGUUUUACAAUUAAUUCGUAUUUUAACAGAACCUGAUAGCAGUAGCACAGCUAUCAAUCAAAAAGUAAUGGUACAAAGUGGUAUUCUCUUACCAAUUGUUCAGCUAGGUCUUUGUUCUAAUGCGCCUUCUAUUGUUCGUACCGAAGCUCUUUAUGCCAUAGCUUAUGUUACCGCGUCUAAUAUCGAUAAUCAAGCUAUGUUUGGUAAAGUUAUGGUUGCAAGUCCUCCAUUAUUAUUAGAAAAUGAGCAAAUUGAUCCUAAUGCUAUAGCUGGUAUUCCUCGACCUGCUAUGGUAUCUCUAAUUUCCAUUGCUGUUGUCAAUGAUCGUGGAUAUUCGUAUAGCUAUUCGAGUCGUGCUGCUGCUACUUAUGCAAUUUAUUGUUGCCUAGAGGAAAAUCCAGAUGCUCAGCUUGUUUUGGCAUCGACCCUAAAAAUACCUCCUGAAGAUAAUGCAAAUAGCCAAUUUUUAGAUAAACCACACUCUGCCGGAUCGCUUCUUUUAGAAACUAUUGAAAAUUGGGAACAGUCUUUAUCGGAUCCUUAUAAAAUCUGGUUUGCAUGUGAUAUUCUAUCUCAUAUCAUAAGGGACAAUGAAAAAGCCAAAGAAAUUGCAGGUGGUAUUGUAUUUGGUGAUGAAGCUAAUGGUGAAGACCCAGUCCCCCUUUUGCAUCAAAUUGUUGCCCAAUUAUUAUUAUCUACAAAAAAUACAUCUACUAACUUACGUAUACCAAUUGGCUAUUUAUGUUUAUUAUGUACAUGGCUAUAUAAAAGCCCUACUUCUGUUAGUCUAUUUUUGACAGAAAGUACACAUGUUCAAUUUUUGAUUCAAGAAAUGCAAUCUUCCACAAAUGAUCCUACAGUUCAAGGCCUCAUUGCAUACUUGUUAGGUAUUGCAUAUAAAUACAAUGAUGAUCCAUCAACACCUUUAGAUAGAACUCAGCUUCAAUCUAUCUUUUCAAGUCGAUUAGAUCAAUUUAAUAGCUUAUUAGCUCGACUUCGAGAUAGUCCUGCUGUUAAAAAUGCUCCACAAUAUCUUCAAAUUUCAGCAGAAGAUGAAUCUAUUUCAAAUUCAACGCAUUCUUUACCAUCGUUGAUUCUUGAUAGCGUCUUUGUGGAAUUGUUUAAAUCAACUUAUGAGAAUAUUCAAAAAUCAAUCAAAAAAAAGCCUUCUAAAUUUUCUAAGAUAGAAAGUAAAACAGGUUUGCCUAUGCCUACUGGUUCAAUUGUUACAGAUGAGGUCAUUCAAAAUUAUAAGAAUACAAUUGAGGAACAAGUUACGCAAAUCAAAUCUCUUGAAGAAAAAAUGGCAGAGCUUGAAUCAAUUAUUAAAACUUUGAAAGCUAAUGAUGAGAUAAUAAGAGAAGAAUUAGUUACUGCAGCUACAGAUAAUACCAACUUGAAGCAAUAUAUUUCAGAAUUAGAAACAAAAUUAAAUGCUACUGCUUCUCAGCCAACACCUAUUAAUGAUGAGCAAGCUUUAAAGAUUACAGAAUUAGAAAAAAAAAUUGAAGAAGAAAAGGAUAAAUUUAUGCAAUUAGAAAAAGAACAAGAAGAUUUACUUGUUUGUAUGGGUGAACAAGAUCUUGAUAUCAAGAAAUACAAAAAGAGAUUAAGAGAUUUGGGUGAAACUGUUACAGACAGUGAAGAUGACGAUGAUGAAGAGUGAUUUGGCAUAAUGAAAUUAUUUCUUUAAUUACAUAACUAAGAAAAAAAAGAAAUCUUACUUGCUGUAUAUGGAUUAUUUCAACAAUCAGCUUCUACAAAAAUACAUUUAUUCAAACAUAAUUAAAUAAAGAUAAAUACUUUUCUUAUAAUGAAAAUAAAUAAUUUUCAAGUAGUUUAUUUAAAUUUUUAACAACCACUGUUAACUAAC